CUUGCUGUGUGACCCCCAACCAUGCCUGGCAUAGACUACAAUGCGUUCCCACACAUCGUCGAGCGCAUCUUCGAGUUCGUGACUCAAGACACCGAGGCGGUGAUCGCUCUCCGAGGCGUGAGCCGUGCCCUCCUGGGCCAAGCGGAGAAAGAACUGUGGACGCACGUCGCUGUCGGCGUCCGCCACGUCGCCACCUCCAGCGGCAUUCAAGUUUUCCCCACACUCUAUGCACCGCGCCUCCGGUCGGACAGGUCUCCAAUCCGCCUCCCCCUUGAUAUCGACUUCGCCCUGUAUGACCCCCGUGAGGAGUACGCGAUAACCUCGGUAGCGUUACAGAGGGGAUGGGCGAGGAUCCGCGCCCACUCCAAGCUCAGAGGAACGGCCACAGUCGACUGGUGGGCCGAGGCCGGGCCGAAGCCCACUGUAUAUCCCCUCUACUUUCAUUGCGAACUUUACACGCCAAGCUAUCCCAACGGCGACAGCAGCGCAUGGGCGAGCAACGUCGCGAGCCUGUUUGGGGGGCGCAAGAGUGACAUCCGCUACCCACGGACCUCCCCCAAGUCCUUACCGUUCAUGCGCUUCCCACCGAUCGACACGCCGUGGUCGCGGCGCAACAAACUCAAGGGUCCCCGUUUUGCCACGACAUGGCUUACAGUUGGACGUGAAUUUCCCUUUUUCUGGGGCGCGGUGCAGGCUCGCUCGCAGUUCAUCAGCGUUCACCUCUCGCUGACAUCUGACGGCUCUCCGGGCCUGUUCGUCCCGCGGGAGCCUCUGGACAUCACCGCCUACAGCAUCAACAUCAUUCUUCUCCCUCCAAGUGGCGCGCGUCUCUCGUCCCUCGUCCCUGCCACCGAAGCGCUCCGCGAGAGCCUUGCCACGCUCAUUAUUCUUGCCAUUUCGGCCAGGCGCCGCGUUGCCAUCAUGGGGCAGGAGAUUCUCGACAUUCCCGCCCACCUGAGGCACCCCGGCCCGACCCAGCACUCGUACGUCCGCUGCGGCAAGUGGGGCACGAGCCAGGCGCAUGUCGACUACUGGCUCAUGGAAUGCAUUUGCACUUUCGUGGAUUCGGAGGAGUUCGCGAAGACGCAUCGCUGGGAUCGGCAAAAGGAGGUUUCUGCGAUGCGACGCUACUGGACGCGUAAGAUGGAUGACGAGCCAAACUGCCGGCCCUUUUCGUUGGAGUUCCCGCGCGAGUACCUCCAGGAUGAUCUCCGACGGGCCCUUCACAUGAUGAACAUCCUGUCCCAAAAGUCAAUUCAGCACGAUUCAUGA